AUGGAACAGUUUGAAUUCCAUGAUCCAACAACGCGCUCCACCUGGCGGCAGUGCUCGCCGGGAAUCGAGGAGCUGAUUCUCAACGAGGACAAAACAACCGGUCGCAAAACUCUGCUCCAGCGAUGGCAACCCGGCGCAACAAACCCGGCUUCAACCCCCUUUGUGCACACAUACAUUGAGGAGAUUUACAUCGUGGAGGGCGAUGUCACGGAUAAGACAUUGAGACAGACGUUUGACAAGGGCAUGUAUGCAUACCGCAACCCCGGCAUGGAACACGGGCCGUGGUCUUCGGAGCGCGGUUGCUUGAUGUUUGUCACUUGCGCGGCAGUUGAUAGGUAG